CUUUUCCAGUUUUCACUGACUCACAGUUGGCCACAGCCUUCUCCAGUUGAAGAGCGCUCCAAACCAUCAAUGGAGGUCGCCACCACGGCUUCAAGCUUCGCGCUUCACACGCGCAUGUUAGCAUCGCCAACCACUCGCCGAGCCCUAAGCCAUAGCCGCACGCAAACGACGUCGUCCCCUACCCUUCCCAGAGCAUCCCUCUCAACCAAUUUCCUCUCUCCCUUCGCCGGCACCAGCAUCUCCUCCGAAUUUUCAGGCCACAAGCUCCGCCCCUCGAGCCUCAACCCAGCGUCGUUCCGUGGCUCCAAGCCCAAACGCGGUGUCGUCACCAUGGUUAUUCCGUUUCAAAGAGGAAGUGCAUGGGAGCAACCGCCUCCAGACCUGGCAUCAUAUCUGUAUAAAAAUCGAAUUGUGUACUUGGGCAUGUCACUUGUUCCUUCAGUGACGGAGUUGAUACUGGCGGAGUUUCUCUACCUUCAGUAUGAAGAUGAAACGAAGCCCAUUUACUUGUACGUAAAUUCCACUGGAACAACCAAGGGUGGUGAGAAGUUGGGUUACGAAACAGAAGCUUUUGCAAUAUAUGAUGUCAUGAGGUAUGUAAAACCACCUAUAUUUACUCUUUGUGUUGGUAACGCUUGGGGAGAAGCUGCCUUACUUUUGGCUGCUGGUUCGAAGGGAAACCGUUCUGCUUUACCCUCAUCAACAAUCAUGAUGAAGCAGCCAAUUGCAAGGUUUCAAGGUCAAGCAACAGAUAUUGAACUUGCAAGAAGGGAAGUGAGGAAUGUUAAAGACGAGUUGGUUAAGCUCUUUUCAAAGCAUCUUGGAAAGUCAACUGAGCAAAUUGAAGCAGACAUUAGACGUCCGAAAUAUUUUAGUCCUAGUGAAGCAGUUGAAUAUGGCAUCAUAGACAAGGUACUGUACAAUGAAAGGACUACCGAGGACAGAGGAGUUGUCUCAGACCUGAAAAAAGCACAACUUAUUCCGUAGGAAGACUGAAUGAUCCUCAGAAGGAAUAUUCAGUGCAUGUUGUCUGUUGUUCAAUAAUUCUGACGGCUUCAGGAGAGUCCAAUUAGUUGGGUUGUCAUUCAGAACUACUGGAUUUGACUUUGUUGUGUGUUAAGUUCUGGUUAUUUGAGAAAGGGUGUAAAGUUCUGGAUUCAUAAAAAGUUCUGGUAGUUGAGGAAGAGUGGAAAGUCCCCUUCACUCAGCCACACGAACCCCUUGAUGAGGUUGGAAACCCAUGUUCUUGGAUAGUGUACCACAGCACAUCAUUCCACAACAUUGACAUUAUAGUUCUUUUUAGCAUAUUUAGUGUAAUGUUGGAACCGCCACAUAUGCUGUGCUAUGAUGGCCUUUAAUAAACUCAACAGGCUAGCAAGGAAGAGGAACUGGGUUGUUUGGAUAUGUACUUUCUGUUGAGUGAGAAAUUUGCUCUCU